CACACCCAACAUAUGAGCGGUGGGGAAGGGGGUCUGGCUGCCACGGGCAGGGAAUACGGCUAGGGCUUGCAGGCCUGCUCUAAAAUAGGGCCACUAUCUAGUGCACUCACAGACCUCACGCGAAACGUGGAGGUAGCCCCACCAAGCUCAAACUGGCGUGUGCGGAAAGGCGACUACAAACGGGCCCUAAAGUCAGCGUCAAUAAGACACAAAUGGGGCGAUGCUCAACAACGUGCGUUUGUCACCCUCAAAUGCUUAUUAUCACAGGAACCGGUGUUGAAGACGCCCCAAUACGAUGGCCGGCCAUUCAAGAUCACGACAGAUGGCUCAGCAGAAGGCUUUGCGGGCUACUUGGCGCAGGAGUUCCCCCACACAGACAAGAACGGGAAGGAAUCAAAACGAUGGCACCCAAUAGCGUUUUGCUCCAAACGCACAUCAACGAGCGAAGCUAAGUAUGAACCGUUCUUACUCGAGUUUGCUGCCUUGAAAUACGCACUAGACGAAUUUGAAAUGUACACCUACGGCUCCCCCAUCGAGAUCGAGACGGACUGCCAAGCCCUGCGCGACACGCUGAUGCGGGAGAAACUAAACUCCCACCAUAGCCGCUGGAAGGAGUCGAUCCUUGCGCGCAACAUCAUCGACAUUCGACACCGACCCGGCAUUGAGAACCCGGUGGCAGACGCGCUAAGCAGGAAGUGGGCGAACCGGGACCGCACAGAGCAGGACGGAUCAGCGUGGUCGGUCCUAGCAGACUGGGAAGCACCACGAGGGGUCAUAAGGGACGUGUUUACAGUGGCAGACACACACGCGGCGAGUCACCCUCUCCAAGCUCUGUUUGCUGACGACCUAUUCUUUGCCCCGGUAAUCGACUACCUGCUGGGGUAUACAGUCGGGGAUUCGAUUGCAGAGCGCAGAAGACUCGCGCACCGCGCGGAAGGGUUCAUGAUUGCAGAGGGUAAACUCUGGCGAGUCGCGGAUACGGCAGCGCGCCGAGUAGCACGGACGGAAUGCAUCCCCACAGCGCAGGGCUUUGAUCUAGCGAUGAAGGUCCAUGCGCAGAACGGGCACUUCAAUGUGGAGAGCACGAAGCUCAAGCUCUCAGACCGCUACUUCUGGCCGGGUAUGGACACAGACUGCCGGUCGGUAAUACUCGAAUGCCCGCGGUGCAAGAGCUUUGGGGCCCCGACUCGUAACUCACUGCUGCAACCGAUCCGCCGUACACUUCCAUUUGCCCUGAUUGCAGGCGACUAUCUCUCGUUACCGGACGGCAAGGGUGGAUUCAAGAACGUGGGUCUCUACGUGGAUGUGUUCUCCCACUUUGUGUGGGGGACGAAACUGAAGUCGGCGGGCACCGCAAAAACGACCAUUGAUUCGCUAAGUCAUAUCUUCCACGAACACGCGGUGCCUGACGCUUUCAUGGCGGACGGGGGGAAGCAUUUUCGCAAUGACGCAGUGUCAGACUAUUGCGCCGCUAACAACGUCAAGCACAUUACGACACCGGCAUACUCACCGUGGGUCAAUGGCCUCAUCGAGGGAAGCAACAAGAUCUUGCUCAAGAUCUUGAAACGACUGUGCGCACCCGAUCACGAUGCAGACGAGGGGACGGUGGACCCAGGUGAUAUACCGAGGAACUGGCCAGAUCACUUCGACGAAGCGCUGAGCAUGAUGAACGACCGGAUCCUGAUUGCCCUCAAAGCCACACCGAGGGAGCUGCUAUUCGGACGACCCUUCACGCGGGACCAGGCCAUACCAGACCAGCUGAGUGAAACGACCGCAUCAGACGCGGACAUUCACUUCGCGAUAGCAGACAGCAUCCGCUGGACAGCACACCUCAGAUCGCUCCAACGGGCAGCACAACAGAAGUCCAGUUUCGAAGCAAACUCCAAAAUUGUCCACUUCAGGAUCGGCGACCUGGUGCAAUGGUACGAUUCGGAAGCGGACAACAACCGCCUCUCGGUGAACAAGCUAAAGCCGCGCUGGUCUGCGCCGGUGCAAAUCUACGCGCAGCACUUGAAUUCGUUCUCCCUCUGCAACCUAGAGGGCAAACCACUCGCCAAUCUACAAUUCGUUCAUUCGAGACGGCUACGACACUACAUCCCGCUACGUGAUUCUACCCUGGACCAGAAGCACCCGCGGGAUACGACAACGCCAGAUCCUACGACCCAGGACCUGGAGAUCGCCGCAGCGGAGGAACGGAUGGCGGAAGACGCGUGGAAGUCGAGUCUCUAAAACCAGUGGGCAGCUGGGGUUGCGUCGGGCGAGUAGGGCCGCAACUGCGGAGCCCAAUGCGUGGCGUUUCCAUUGACAAGACGGGGGGACAUGUCCGAGGACGGACAUCGCUUGAGGGGGGGCACCUGUGGCUGUGCCAGGAGUCUAGAGCUGGUCUUUCCUAGUUUAGACGGUACAUUAGUCAGACCACCGUUUUUCGGAGAAUACACCCACCUUCCCGACAUCUGCGGGCACCUGGCGUGGGUCCAAGUUCACACGCGCGUUCCAGAGGCGACUCCAUCGGGCUUGCAGGUGGCGCUUGUCUGGGCGUAUUCCUCGCUUCCGAUUCUCCUUUUCGGCGUUCUCCCCCUCGUCCUGCUCUCGCUCAUUGUCCUGCGGUUCCGACAUGCCUUGUUCCCCAGGCGUAAAGCGAUCCCGCCGGCCUACCAGCAACUCCGGCAUCUCGAGCUGAUCGACGACGAAACUGUGGACCAGUUCCUCGAGCAGUUCGCUCCAGAGAUCUUGAGUGCGAGUACCUCCGACAUUGCCGAGGGCUACAAGCUGGACCCCGCGCCAAUCGAUCGAGGGGACGCCUUGCAUAGGGCGGCACAGAUUGUUCUCGAUGAGAAUCUCGAUCUGUUGGACAAGCUGGACCGAUGGGCGAUACUCUUGUUCUUCGAUUGGGUCUGGUCAAUCGUGGUCAGGCGGGACUUGGAGGAAGGCGGCGGCGAUCAAGGUCGUGAGAGGAGCUCUGCGCCGGAACCAGAAUCACACCAAGGUCUCAUGCAUCGAGAUCUGCCGUUCCAACCAGCGAUUGCGGCACAGGACUAUGCCCGUUCUUUCGAGGCAGAGCAAGUUGAUGGAACUCGAGAAUGCUAUCAGGAACUGAGGCAGCCGGCAAUGGUCUACCCGCCACUCGAUAACCCACUGCGCGAUGCCUCUCUGAUGACCCAGCUUCCCUACGUUGCACAACCAUCCUUUGCUCCGGGCGACUUGUCAGUCCCACUCCACAUUUGUCAGACUGCCAAUCCUGACAUCUGCCUGCAGCCAACAGUUCGGCGUAUCUGGAUUUCACCACCCAACGCUCGACGCCUCGGCGAUGGGAGCCUUCAGGGCAUCGGUUCCGUCGUCGCAGCUACCAUUCGGUUCUCACUCUCAGCCGCCUUUUACUGA